CCAGUCACCACUUCACUUCACCUCCACAAGCCGCCGUCAAGAAGAAAAAGGGGUUCGCCUCCACAGCUCCCACUCUCCCAAAAGCCAAAACCCCACCCCGCCGAUUGCUCCCGCUCCCUCACCGCCGCGCUAGGCUCGCCGGCUUCCGGCCACCGCCGAUCGCUCCACUCCCAGCGCAGGGUGCAAGCGUGAUGCGCUGCAAAUUCUCUUUACAUAUUGUUGUUGCAUAAAGAGAUCAGAAGGUUUAGAUCUGCUCUUACUAGAUCAUCAUUAGAAACCUGUUAUUUGGAGCAUAUUAAUGCCAGGCUGCUAGUAGUAUAUGUGAAGGCUUUUGUGGCAAUUUGCUAGAUAAUUUGAUGGAGUGCAACAGAGAAGAGGGGUUGAGGGCCAGAGAAAUAGCUGCAAACAUGCUGGAAAGCAAAGACUUUCUUGGGGCUAGAAGGAUUGCACUUAAAGCUCAAAGGCUUUUUCCAGGGUUUGAGAACAUAUACCAGCUGUUAACUGUCUGUGAAGUGCAAUGUGCAGCAGUUGCAAAAAUCAAUGAAGACUUAGAUUGGUAUAGUAUUCUCCAGGUGGAGGCAACAGCAGAUGAGACAGUCAUAACAAAGCAAUAUGAGAAACUUGCCUUUUGGCUCCAUCCUGAUAAAAACACACUCCCUGGUGCUGAAGUUGCUCUGAAGUUGGUCUCAGAAGCUCGCAAGAUACUGUGUGAUCGUACGGAGCGGUCUUUGUAUGACAUCAGAAGGCAGUAUGCUUCCAAACAUGUGACAAGCAAAGCUACACAGCUACCAAAUAAGACUGGUGGAAAUGAGAGUCAUGUGGAUGGAUGCAAACAACCACCUGAUUUUGUGCUGGUGUUCUGGACUAUAUGCCCGCAUUGUCGGAGGCGAUUCGUGUACUACAAAAAGAACUUUUUGGUCACCUGUGAUAACUGUGGUAAAUUGUUCUUUGCAUUCAAGCUGCAUGAACAGGCAAUGCCCUCGAGUUUUCUAUCUCAUUCAGCAAAUAAUGCUGAAGUUUCACCUGGGAAGAUUUCAUGUCAACAACAUGGCAUCACCAAUCAGCAGGCCCAGACAGGGGGGAACAUUUACUCUGAACCUACCAUGAAUGCUACUCGAACUGAUGAACAUAGAGAAAGGAUUGACAGGGCAAGCGGUGAUGAGGAAGGUAACUGUUCAGAGACAAGAAGCAAUGUAGUUCAGCUUUCAGCAAUGAACCAAGCUAAAUCUUCUGCGCCUGCUGCAGGCAAGGAAUCAGUUAGCAAUUUGACAUCAGCUCAUCCUGAUCCGAACUUCAUUUCCACACAGAACUUUAGAAGUGAAGAUGUAUCUCUAGUGCCAAAUAUUGCAAGGUCCUCCAGCCUUCAGAGAUUAGGUAAGAGAAAGCAAGAUGAUGGCCCAGACUGCAGCCACGGCACAGACUCCUCUAAUUAUAAGAUGCAAAGGAACCAUGACUCACCAUCUAGUGCUUCUGAGCAAAUUUCUAAUGACAAUGUUGCUGUUGCUGAGAAUCAGUCUGCUGAGCAUCAUGCCUUAAGUAGCGUGGAUAGCCAAGGUGGAGUAACUGCAAGUCGUGAAGCCAAUCAGCAAAGUUACAAGGAAGCAAGUGGUAGUGCUCCUCAGAAGCUCGGCAGUCCUGUGAUUACCUAUCAUCAUCCUGACUUUUUUGACUUUGGCAAGAUCAGAGAUGUAAACCUUAUUGCAGUUGAUCAAAUCUGGGCCCUUUAUGAUAACCUUGAUGGCAUGCCAAGAGAUUAUGCUCAGGUAAAGCACAUUGAUACUUCUGACUUAAGAGUUCAGCUGACAUGGCUGGAGUACAAUCCAAGGAAUGAGCAAGAAGCCAAUUGGAAUAAUAAGGAAUUGCCUGUAUCUUGCGGAAGCUUCUGCUUAGGAGGAGAAACAACAACCCUAUUACAAGAUCCAUCCACAUACCUGUCUCACAGAGUUCCAUUGACAAGAGGCAAAAAUGGGAACUCCUAUGAAAUAAAUCCUAAUAAGGGUGAGGUAUGGGCUCUUUAUAAAAGAUGGAGCAUGCAAUGGAUCUCUGAUCCAGAUAACUGUCGAUCCUAUGGAUAUGAUGUUGUGGAAGUUAUCUCUGAUGGCUCAACGAGUGGCGAUGUCAUUGUUUCGCCGCUUACGAGGAUUGAAGGCUUUGUUAGUCUGUUUGCACAAGCUAAGGACAAACGCUUCUUUUCGAUACCAUCAAGUGAGCUACUGAGAUUUUCUCACUGUAUCCCCUUUUAUAGAACACAUGAAAAUGAAAGGGUGGGCGUUGCAGAAGAGCUCCUGGAACUGGAUACAGCAGCUCUUCCAAGUGAUCUGGAAACAGCAUUUCCUUCCAUUACUCUCAACUCUUACAUGUCUUCGGAACUCAUUUCUUAUCCAUAUCCAGAAUCUGAAUUCCACAACUUUGAAGAAGACCGGUCAUGUGAGAAGUUUGAAAGUGGCCAAAUUUGGGCUCUCUACAAUGACGCUGAUACAUUCCCGAAAGUGUAUGGCUGGGUGAGCAAAGUUGAGAUACAACCAUUUGAAGUGCAUCUGACCUGGCUCCAGGCCUGCCCUCAACAGGCACAGGAGAAGCUUUGGUUGGGGCAGAAUGUACCUGUGAGCUGUGGCAAAUUUAAAAUACGAAGCUGGAAAGCCAAGUAUGGUGGAAACCACCCCUUCUCUCAUUUGGUAGAAAAUAGCCAAAUCGAUAUGAACUGGCAGGUUAAAAUUCUUCCCAAGGUCGGUGAAGUUUGGGCCAUCUACAAGAACUGGUCACCUGAUUGGGUUCCUUCCAGCAACAAGCACACUACUGAUUAUGCUAUCGGGGAGAUCGUCGAGUGCAGUAAACGAGGCACAUUAUUUUCUUUUCUGACUAAAGUUGAUGGCUAUGUCGCUGUGUUCAAACCUGACCUUACCAAGGGAGUACUGAAAAUACCUAGGAAAGAGAACCUGAGAUUUUCUCACCGAAUUCCAUCAUUCCGUCUCACAAAGGAGGAAGGUGGCAAGCUCCGGGACUUCUACGAGCUCGACCCAGCUUCUGUCCCUGGCGAUUUUCUAUAGAAGAGCACCCCCUUGAAUUGACGCUUGCCUUUUCCGAGGGCAGCAAGAGGGAAUUAACCUCAGGAUAUAGCUAUACAAUGUUGUGUUUUGUGCCUGAACCUAGGGCACAGUAUAUAUUGGCUAAAUGUGACCAUGCAUGCUAAGUUUCUUUCGGGGUCUCUUAAUUUAGUUAGUACUGUUGGCGGUCAUGUUGAACUGAAAGUAAACUUGCAGUGAAGCAAGUGGUGUUUGCUGGACGCAAUGAAGCUGUUGGGCCAUGGAUUGAUGCAUGCA